GCCCAAUAGAGCCAUGGAUCUCGCGUAGAAAAGGUCUCGGGGUUGUUUCCCAUAAUGCACUGCAAUUUCUUCUACUUCCUCUUUCCGCCAUAUUGCAGAACCGGCAUCAUGGUGCGCAUGAACGUUCUUGCAGAUGCCUUAAAAAGCAUCAACAAUGCAGAGAAGCGUGGGAAACGUCAGGUGCUCAUCAGGCCCUGCUCCAAGGUCAUUGUGCGCUUCCUAACCGUCAUGAUGAAGCACGGUUACAUUGGUGAGUUUGAGAUUAUUGACGACCACAGAGCCGGAAAAAUAGUUGUCAAUCUCACAGGCAGACUGAACAAGUGUGGCGUGAUCAGCCCACGUUUUGAUCUCCAGCUGAAGGAUCUGGAGAAGUGGCAGAACAACCUGCUCCCUUCAAGACAGUUCGGAUACAUAGUGCUGACCACUUCAGCUGGCAUCAUGGAUCAUGAAGAGGCCAGACGGAAACACACAGGAGGCAAAAUCCUUGGAUUCUUUUUCUAACAUGUACAAACUGCAAAUAAAAACAACCAAGGAAA